CGUAGAAGAAGAAAGCGGCGGAAGAAGAAUUACUGCUUUCAUUUCCGAGUGACCUAUUUAGCUUUUUAUAUUAGCACCAGUCAAUAAUUAAUGUCUGAAACCAUGGAUUUAGCUACUACCUUGAUUUUGAUUCGAAUAUUUUGAAGGGUGAAACUAGGUUUUCCUUCAAAUUCCUUAAGUGGACACUUAUGUUUGCUUAAAGCUAAUCAAAAUAUAAAAGUAGCUGCUUUGAUUAGCUAACGUUACCGUUAAAAUGACAAAUCGGGCGAUAACUGCGUUUUAAAUUAUAACUUGUGUGUGUUUGUUUGUCGUAGUCCACUCGCUCAGUCUUGCUACCAUUUUGAAACCGCAUAUUUCCACUUUUUUUGGAAUCUUACAACAUUCUUGGAUGUUCGGUGUGUCAGGUCACUUCACAUCCCCAUGUCUGCGGAGGCCUCAGUUGGCAGUAAUGCCGCCGACUCUGCCAGUUCCGCCAUCGCCACGCCUUCUUGCCACAACACGGAUGAACACAGAAACCCAAGCCUGCUGGGGAGCAAGUAUGUAAAGCUAAACGUGGGUGGAACGCUGCAUUACACGACCGUCCAGACACUGAGCAAAGAGGACAGCCUGCUCCGACGCAUAUGCAAUGGAGAUACUGAGGCUACCAUCGACUCCGAAGGUUGGGUGGUGUUGGAUCGGUGUGGCCGGCAUUUUGGUGUCGUCUUGAAUUUUCUGAGAGAUGGUGCCGUACCGCUGCCAGAUGACUGCAGGGAACUGGACGAGGUCCUAAAGGAGGCCCAGUACUAUCAGGUGCAGGGACUUGUUCAGCAUUGCCUCAGUGCCAUGCAGAAAAAGAAAGAUAUUCUUGAAAGCGUGUGCCGCAUCCCCAUGAUCACUUCAGCCAAAGAAGAGCAGAGGAUGAUCGCCUCAUGUAAAAAGCCAGUAGUGAAGCUGCAGAAUAACAGAGGAAACAACAAAUAUUCUUACACAAGCAAUUCUGAUGAUAACCUGCUGAAGAACAUUGAGCUGUUUGACAAACUGGUGCUCCGCUUUAACGGCCGCGUCCUGUUCGUCAAAGACGUGCUGGGGGACGAGAUCUGCUGUUGGUCCUUCUACGGGGAAGGCCGCAAGAUUGCAGAAGUGUGCUGCACCUCCAUCGUCUACGCAACAGAGAAAAAGCAGACCAAAGUUGAAUUUCCUGAGGCUCGGAUAUUCGAAGAAACGCUCAACAUCCUCAUCUAUGAGAAUAACAGAAGAGCCGGGCCGGGGGGUUUGCACCUUUUAGAUUCACGGGGCUCCGGUUCAUCACUCGGAGCAGGACAGUCAGAAGAAGAAGGUGCAAGCGGCGGCGACAGACGAGUGAGGCGGAUCCAUGUCCGGCGGCACAUAAUGCAUGACGAAAGGGGACACGGUCAGCAAACUGUAUAUAAGGACUGAUGGAAGCCUGUUUAGUUGCUUUAUAUUUCACUUUUUUUUUUGGAACGCUUGCAGAAUGAAAGGAAUUGCCAUGAUAGUAAUAACCGCUCGGUAUUUACUCCUCAAGUGUUCAAACACACUUGAAAGGUCUCGGUGAAUGACUGAUUGCAGCAGAGGUUAGUGUCUGGAAAUGUUUACAAGAAAAAACCUAUCUAUGUAAAUACUUUGAUUUUGAGGGGAAAAACUGUGACCGAUCCUGUCAUGCGUUUUAUUAGGGACUUCUCAUCUGUAACCGAGUGAGCGCCAUAAUCCAACUUAAACCCUGCUCAUCUACUUUUAUGAGGAAGUUCGUGGUCUGCACUGGGAGCCUCCUAUGUCUUUCAUUUGUAGGAAACGCCAUCAGUUUAUACAGGUUGUCAAAUCUCUGAUUUCUUUUGUGUUUAAAAAUGAAGGUACUGGGGAGCAGAUGGAGACAGAGGUUGAUAUGAUCAAGUCUUGACUUGGUAACACUGGAAACAAAAGGUUUUUGUCCGACUUUCAAUGAAUGAGACUGUUGAGCAGCUCAGUUUUUUUCUUUAUUUAAAAUAUUGCAGCUUCUGUUUCAAGAUGUCUUAUUAAUUUAUGAACCUAAUUUAUUGAUAUUUAACUUUUGUAUUAAAGGCAAUCUUUGUGUUAACUGGUGUUGAAAUGAAUUUCAGUUUUGGGAUGAUAAAUGCACUCUUGAGCAAAGAUCAGAUUUUAAAUUUACUCCUUUGGAUUAAUGAAGUGCAAACUUCCUCUAUUGUUUAAGAAUAACUGUGACGAUUUAUUUAUGUUAUUCUGAGCCAUGGUCUGCCACUCUUGCUGUGUCUUUCACAAAUUCAGAGAAAUUAUUUCCAGUUAGUUUAGUUAAUGUUGACUGAAUUUUCUUUUUUCCUCAGGGUGAGGAGGUACUUCAUUUCAAUUGUUUGCUGAUGACUUAUAUGUAAGCUUAAGCACUCUAAAUUGUGAAAAAGGAAAAAAACAGCAUUGAAAGAGAGCAAUACGUGUUGAGCUCUUUACCACACAAUACUUUGAAAUAUGCACUAAUGGUACUUCCGUCCCAUAGCCAUGAAAAUGUUGAAAAUAAAAUGCUUUUGAAAUCCA